AUGACCAGCCAGUUGUGCCUCCCUGCCGCCCGGCGCCUCGCGUCCUUGAAACCCUUGAUGGCCCCCUUCCGGGACGUCCAGGUGGGCGUCUGCGUGGCGAUCCAGCGCAGCGACGGGCGGAUCCACCUCGCUGUCGUCACGGAGUUCAAACGAGAAAACACUUGGGUCACGGUCGAGUGGGUGGAAGAAGGCGUCAAAAAAGGCAAGAAGAUCGACCUGGAGACGAUCUUCCUCCUGAACCCAUCGCUGACCUCGGCGGAGCAGGCCACGCGGUCCAGGUCGCUGUCCUCCUUGUCUCUCGCGCCCUCUUCGGCCAUCGGGGACCAACACGUGGCCACGCGGUGGAUCGCCAGGAUCCCCCCGAAAAACGAGACCCCCUCCGGGGACAGCCUGGCUGUGACGGUCCCCGGCAGCCCUUGCCUGGUGAAGUGGAAAAAGUCCCCCUGCCUGCGGAGCAUUGAGAAGCUGCAACAGCAGCGGGAGACGCGCCGCCAGCUGCAGGUGGCGAUCCGAGCCCAGCGCGCCCUGGAUGUGCACGCGGGGAACCCCCACCACGAGGUCAUGCGCAUGAUCGAGGAGUACCGUGGGCGCCUGGACCUGGACCGCAGCGAGGUGUCCCGCCUGGGGCCGCCGCGGGGGGACCGGCGCAUCUGCGUCUGCGUGCGGAAGCGGCCCCUCAACCAGCACGAGGCGGCCAUGAAGGACCUGGACAUCAUCACCAUCCCCUCGGCCCACGUGGUCCUGGUGCACGAGUCCAAGCAGAAGGUGGACCUCACGCGCUACCUGGAGAACCAGACCUUCUGCUUCGACCACGCCUUCGACGACACGGCCUCCAACGAGCUGGUGUACAAGUUCACGGCCCAGCCGCUGGUGGAGUCGGUCUUCCGCCGGGGCAUGGCCACCUGCUUUGCCUACGGGCAGACGGGCAGCGGGAAAACGCACACCAUGGGCGGGGCCUUCCUGGGCAAGGCCCAGAGCUGUUCCAAAGGCAUCUACGCCCUGGCGGCGCAGGACGUCUUCUUCCUGCUCAACACCCCUGCCUACGAGAAGCUGGGCCUCAAAGUCUAUGGCACGUUCUUUGAGAUUUACGGGGGCAAGGUGUUCGAUCUGCUCAACAGCAAGAAGCAGCUGCAGGUCCUGGAGGAUGGCAGUCAGCAAGUCCACGUGGUGGGGCUGCAGGAGCGGGAGGUGUGUUGUGUGGAGGACCUGAGGGGAGCCGACUGCCAAGGCCAACAGGAAGCGUCGGUCAAUGCCCACUCUUCCCGGAGCCACGCCGUGCUCCAGAUCAUCCUCAAGUCCCGAGGGGCCCUGCACGGCAAGUUUUCUCUCGUCGACUUGGCUGGGAACGAAAGGGGAGCCGACACUGCCAAGGCCAACAGGAAGAGGCAGCUGGAAGGGGCGGACAUUAACAAGAGUCUCCUGGCGCUCAAGGAGUGCAUCCGGGCUCUGGGGCAGAACAAGGCUCACACCCCAUUCCGAGCCAGCAAACUCACCCAGGUGCUCCGCGACUCCUUUAUCGGGCAGAACUCCUCCACGUGCAUGAUCGCUACCAUCUCUCCAGGGAUGUCCUCCUGCGAAAACACCCUCAACACUUUAAGAUACGCAAAUCGAGUGAAAGAAUUGACUCUAGAUUUCAGGCCCCCCCAGAGCUGUCUGUCUCGGGUUGGACAUGAGGUGCCCAGGAUGUUGGAGAAUCACAUCAGAAAUCCAGAAAUGUCCCUCCAGAGGGAGGAACUUAUGAAAACACCACCACCUAUGCAGACUGAGGAGGAGGAAGAGACUAGAGAAAUGGAAACUUUCUCCACUCCAUUGAUGGAGAAAAGCAUGACUUCAUGGAAGGAACCCAGCCAAUGGCCAGGGAACAACAUCGAGGAGACAGCCGACGGGGGAAACUAUGAUGUUCAUUUUUGCAUUGUCCAGUUGUUGUCCACUUUGGAGCAGAAAAUAGGUAUUCUGACUGGAAUUCAAAAGAAACUGAAAUUAUUGCGCGCUGACCUCCAACAGAAGAGAAAGGUAGAGUGA